UUCAACAACAGCUCACAAUUUGGAGGACAGCUUGUUUCCCAAGUUCCCGGCUCACAAUCGGGCAGGGAAAAUUUUCCUUCAGAAUAAACACAGGCUGGUUAUUUACAUAGCUCAUACAUAGGGUCGCACUUUUUCGCCUUCUUACCCACGGCUUUGAGCUUGGAUCAUUGAUCGAGCGCUUGAAAAUCUUGACUCUUCCCGUUCGGAUUUGCUCUCGAGUCGGAAGGUCAGCUUGCUACAGUUCUUGACUGUUUCCUUGUUUUGUUCCCAUGCUCGUUGGGAAGCUGUUGUGGGCUUGUCCUCGCAUUGCCGUGCCAUAGCGUUUUUUGGUGCUCUUCCCCAACUGAUCUUUGUCAUUUUUCGUGUUUGUAACCUUCUUGAUCAACCUCUCCCCCUGUAUCCUCAGCUCCCUGAGCCACUCGCCAACCUGCGCCGGCGAUUCAUUCUAGCUUCAUGAUGUUUUCUCAUCUCACCACCGCUCUGGCUAAAUCUCCCAAACUCUCAAAGUCAAACAGUUUGAGCUCACACGUCAUGAUGUAUGACGCUCGACCAGGAGAUCAGUUGGCAGGCGAUUCCCACUUCGCCCCAGGUGAUGGCGAGGCUCGAUAUCAGGCUCGGCAAGCGGAGUACAAUCAUUACCACAGUGAGCUUGAAACAUUGCGCCAGCAUCACAACGCCGAUGAACGACCGGCAGACUAUUAUUCUGGCCGCUUGCGUGCCAAUUCGGCUCAGACAAUGAAUUCCAUCCGCACCAGCUCGACUCAUACCACCAACACCAACUGUGCAACUUCUCCAGGAGUCUUUCAACAAGCGUAUGAGAUUCCUGCCAAACCUCGGCCAGACUCCGUGGCUAGCCAGAGCUCAUCCAUCGUUUAUCCACCCAAGUCUGGCACACGGGCGUUAAUCCUCCCGUUUUCGAAAUCCAAUCAGCCUAAAGACAUUUCGGGAUCAUUAUCUAAAGAACGUCCUACACCCCCUCCUGUGCUGCAUCGCUUUCGAACGCUUUCCAAUGCGUCUUUUUCCAUGCGCCGAGAGCAAUCGCUCCAACAGCCACAUCAACUUGAAGCCCAAGUCAAGCAGCAGCAGCACCAACAUCACCAACAGCAUCAACAGCAACAUCAUCGAGCACAUACUGAUCAGAUAUUUUCGGAAAAAAAUGGCCAUCAGCAGCUGGAAGAGCGCUUGAUUUCAAGAUCAUCGUCGGCUUCAAACCAUCAAGACUUCCCCCGAAAGCUUCAUCUUCCCACUCGCAGCACAUCCCAGAAUCACGAUAGCCGUCCACCACCUUUGGUUGAUACGAGUCCUCAGAAUGGACGGCGUCGUAGCUCUAUUCCGCGCCCAGCCCUUACGCCAUUGAAGUCAAACAACUACUCUUUCUCCACGAACGCUCCAGAAGCCAAUAAUACGUCCCGAUCAACGCCCAAUUCUCGAUCAGCCGGCGCUGUCGAUUUUUCUACCGCUGGCCACUUUCAGAACAAUUUGCCGCCAGAACGUUCAUCACGUGACAUCACCCAAACUCUGCCCUCGAAGCGCUGGUCGAUAGUUGACAGUCAGCAGGCCCCUUCAGUUGUUACUGGCGCUCGGCCAAACCUUGCAAAAUCAACCAAUCCCUCGGGUCGCGUCUCGUCCACCUCAUUGACGGCUCCAAAAGGUAGAGGCCCCAUCAAGCCGAGGACGCCAGUCCCAGAAUCCAGACGUCGAUCAAUCGUUGCUAAUGAGUCUCAAACGGCACGAGCGCGGCCAGAAUCUUUCACCAAUACGAGUAAUUUCCGUCCCGAGACGCCGCCCGGCUUCAAAUACAAUCCAACGGUGCUUGACGGAGACACACACACCAGUCACCCGCCCCAAAUUCCCGUCCGACAGGAGUCCCCCGAGGAAUUGAUUCAGUACCUCGAACGCCUGAUCGGACAUGAUGAGCUCAGGUUGCUCACCCAUGUCGACAAACUCAUUCACCAAUGCACGCAUACUUUUCUUGAAGGCGAGACUACCAAGCAAUUGCCUCAAGAUACUAGUCAUCCAAACCGAAGGUCGAUUGGAAACGGGAUCUUGGGCCGCUUGGGAUGGAAAAACAAGAAAGGGACGACCACUCCUGAGCCCCCAUCUAGAAGCAAAUCAGUUCAACGCCGCGAAAUCUCUACUGAUGACAGAAGAGCCACGUUUGGUUUGACGGCUGGGAACACGGCGCGUCUAUCAAGAUAUGGCAUAUUUGGGUGUUCUUUGGAGGAGAGUGACCCUUUUAGCUGUGUUACGGUCAUUGGAGGCCACAAGCAUCUCAUACCAAUUGUGAUGUUUUCACUGGUUGAAGAGAUUUAUGCCCGUGGAAUGGAAACGCCUGGUUUCAUGCGGAUUGCCGGGAAGGUGGAAAAGAUUGACGCACUUGCCGAGGCGUUUGAGCAGGCGCCGCUACAUGGAGAAGGGGUAGACCUUGCCUCGGAAGAUAUUCAUGUCUUGUGCAGUUUGUUCAAGCGUUAUUUGAGGGCUUUACCCGAACCCCUCAUGUCUAGAGAGCUCUUCCACAUCUUCUGGUCGUUCUGCGUCAGGCAACGCAAUUCGCCUGAUCCGGGACACUUGAAGAACACGAUAGCAGCUGCACAAUGCAUCAUGAGGCUGAUGCCUCCCCGCUCAUUCAGCUUGCUCAUUUACGUUGUUGCCUUUCUUUCGCAAAUUCCUCUGUUUCCUCAAUGUAAGUUCAGCUCAACCGGGAUAGCAAAGAUUUUUGGUCCGGCGCUCUUUGGAAGCAGGACGCAAAGGAACCCGGCCUCGGAUGAACGACCGAUUCAGGCAUUGAAAUGGGUGCUAGAGAAUUGGAAUAUGCUCACCGACGGGUUGUUGAACGAACAUUUCACCGUGGAUUUUGCAAACUCAUCAGCUCCUCCAAUCGAUUCUUCGAUACCUGCCGCAUGUGUCUCAGAAUCCAACUCUCCAGUGCCCUCUUGCCAAUCUCCAGCCGAGAUCCCAACUGUUGCUCAAGAUGUCCAGCCGCUCGUUUUACAAUCUCCCGAACAGAUUCCAAGUACUGCCACCCUUGAACCGAUUUCCGUCAGCUCGAGAAAACUUCUUGACUGGCGUUCUCAAUCUAACGGCCACCUCAGGAAGUCGAAUAGCUCCGCGCAAAACAUAGUUGAUCGCUACGAAGCUCAUGAGAAAAGUUUCUCCAUGGUGGAUGACCAGGUUAAACAUCACAAGCAGGAAAGCUCAGACUCCAAGGAUAGGUCGGACUGCAUCACACAGCCAUCAGCACCUGGCUCACCGAGUCCGAUCAUCGAAUUUGAAGGAUUGUCUAAGAUCAACGAAGUGACGACUGAAACGCAGGCGAGUUCUAAUACCGGUGAUGACCAUCGACAGCCGAAGCAAACAGAGUGCAUGUCUAUGGGUGAAACCUUCCGUCGCCAGAGUCAGAAUGAAGGAGAAGAAAAAGCACGGCCGCGUACCCAAGUAAUUGUGCUCAAUGAACCUUUUCAGCCAGCUACAGUGGCGGUCAACUCGAUUGUCGAUAAUCUGCCAGUGCCUGAGUAUCAUUCAAAUAAUCGUGAGAUAAAAGCUCAGUCGACUAUCUCUUAUUCUCAAACCUUGAAGAGCCUGGAUUCAAUCGAAGUCGAAAACUUGAUCACACAAGGACUUCAACUCCGACAAGUUUUGUCCAAUGAAAAGCUUUGUGAUUGUAAUUUUGUGGAUAGAAGCCGAGCGCAAAGGAUGGUUAAACAAUCAUUGGAACUCAUCAAGGCCCAUCAAGACAUGCUGUCUGAAAUGAAAUCACAACUGACUGAAUUGCUCAACGAGGAUGGCAAAGACUGAAAUCACAAACAUUCCAAUCCUUCCAGACUAUCCCAGAAUGAGGGUAUUCUUUUUCUGCUACUUUAAUUUGCCAUUCCUUCAUUCUUGGAUCCAACACUUUUAUCUCGUCAUUCCCUUGAACACCUAUUCAUAAAGUUAUUCAUUGUCAAUUGAGCAAACAUUUUUCUCAAAGUUUUCACUAGCUACUGUUUAAAGAUUAGCUGGCUAACAUACUUUACCACCAAAGUACUUCCCUCUUAUCUUCCUAAUAUUCCAUUCCUAAUCUCUUUGCAAUUCUAUCAUUCAUGUACUUGUUCACACUUACUCAAGAUUUCUGUACCUGAAUAUAUUUUACAUGCCUUGUCACUUUGCAAACUAACUUUUUUUUACUUGUGGCCUAGAAAUUUGGAAA